AUGUUUCCGACAGUAAUACUGCUCAUCUUCUGCAGUUUUCUGCAAUCUGCCGCAUUUGAAGGAAAUUAUUGGCCCUACAUUAUUAUCCAUAACCAGAAAGAAUCUCUGCAAAGGAUUUUGAGCAAGGAUUCCUGUUCUACCUGGGGUGGAGGGCAUUUUUCAACCUUUGAUAAAUACCAGUAUGACUUCACUGGGACCUGCAACUAUAUCUUUGCAACCGUAUGUGAUGAGACCAGUCCAGACUUCAACAUUCAGUUCCGCCGUGGGCUGGACAAAAAAAUUGUGAGGAUCAUUAUUGAGCUGGGACCUUCAGUUGUCACUGUUGAGAAAGGCAGCAUUUCUGUCAGGAGUGUUGGUGUUGUUAAGUUGCCUUACACCAGCAAUGGAAUUCAAAUAGCACCUUAUGGACAAAACAUCCGCCUGGUGGCCAAGCUGAUGGAGAUGGAGCUAGUUGUCAUGUGGAACAAUGAUGACUAUCUCAUGGUUUUAACUGAAAAAAAAUAUAUGGGGAAAACCUGUGGAAUGUGUGGAAACUAUGAUGGUUUUGAAUUGAAUGAAUUUGUGAAUGAAGGUAAAUUGCUGGAUACAUAUAAAUUUGCAGCAUUACAAAAAAUGGAUGAUCCAUCAGAGAUCUGCCUGUCUGAGGAGAUAGCAGUUUCCACCAUUCCUCACCAAAAAUACGCCAUGAUCUGCUCUCAGCUACUUAACUUGGUGUCACCAACCUGCAGUGUGCCAAAGGAUGGAUUUGUCAUUCGUUGCCAGCUUGAUAUGCAGGACUGCAGUCAGCCAGGACAAAAAAAUUGCACUUGCUCUACACUGUCAGAGUAUUCAAGGCAAUGUGCUAUGUCCCACCAAAUGGUGUUCAACUGGAGAACUGAAAACUUCUGCUCUGUGGGAAAAUGUUCUGCUAACCAAAUCUAUGAGGAAUGUGGUUCUCCAUGUAUUAAAACCUGUUCCAACCCAGAGUACAGCUGUUCCAGUCACUGUACCUAUGGUUGCUUUUGUCCAGAAGGAACUGUUCUUGAUGACAUCUCAAAGAAUCGAACAUGUGUUCACAUUAAGCAGUGUCCAUGUACACUGAAUGGGAAAAUCUAUGCUCCUGGUGAGACAAUGAAAGCAGCAUGUAGGACCUGUAAAUGUAUGAUGGGUCAGUGGAACUGCAAAGACUUGCCCUGCCCUGGAAGGUGUUCGCUGGAAGGAGGCUCCUUUGUUACCACAUUUGACUCUAGAUCAUACAGGUUCCAUGGGGUUUGCACAUACGUUCUUAUGAAGAGUUCCAGCCUGCCACACAAUGGAACCCUAAUGGCUGUAUAUGAAAAGUCUGGUUAUUCCCAUUCUGAGACGUCACUUAGUGCUCUUAUUUACCUAUCUACAAAGGAUAAAAUUGUGAUUUCUCAGAAUGAACUCCUUACUGAUGAUGAUGAACUUAAGCAGCUACCUUACAAAUCAGGAAACGUUACUGUUUUCAGACAGUCCUCGAUGUAUGUUCAAAUGUAUACAACCUUCGGGCUGGAGCUUCUAGUUCAAACAUCACCUGUGUUCCAGGCCUAUGUGAAAGUUGGAUCACAAUUCAGAGGCAGAACCCUAGGUUUGUGUGGCAAUUACAAUGGAGACACUACAGAUGACUUCAUGACUAGCAUGGAUAUCACUGAAGGGACAGCAUCCCUGUUUGUAGAUUCCUGGAGGGCAGGAAAUUGCCAUCCUGCCUUAGAGAGAGAUACCGACCCUUGCGCUUUGAGUCAACUGAACAAAAUAUCUGCUGAGACUCAUUGCUCCAUUCUUACCAAGAAGGGUACAGUGUUUGAGAAAUGCCAUGCUGUGGUGAACCCUAUUCAUUUCUACAAGAGAUGUGUCUACCAAGCCUGUAAUUAUGAAGAGACCUUUCCUUAUAUUUGUUCUGCUCUGGGAUCAUAUGCACGAAUAUGCGCUUCAAUGGGUUUAAUCCUUGAGGACUGGAGAAACAGUAUGGACAACUGUACCAUUGCUUGUACUGGCAACCAAACAUUCAGCUACAACACUCAAGCAUGUGACAGGACAUGCUUGUCACUCUCCAACCGAGCCCUGGAAUGUCAUCCAACUGACAUCCCUAUUGAAGGCUGCCACUGUCCUGAAGGAAUGUACUUGAACCACAAGAAUGAGUGUGUUUAUAAAUCUCAUUGUCCCUGCUAUUUAGAAGAUAGAAAGUACAUCUUGCCUGACCAGUCAACAAUAACUGGUGGGAUUACCUGCUACUGCGUUAAUGGAAGGCUAAGUUGCACGGGCAAACCUCAAAAUCUUGCAGAAAGCUGCAAAGCUCCUAAGAAAUAUGUAUCAUGUUCUGACAGUUUAGAAAACAAGUAUGGAGCUGCAUGUGCCCCUACCUGUCAGAUGCUGGCUACUGGAAUUGAAUGUAUACCCACUAAAUGUGAAUCUGGCUGUGUCUGUGCUGAUGGGCUAUAUGAAAAUCUUGAUGGCAAAUGUGUUGCAGCUGAGGAAUGUCCAUGUGAAUAUGGUGGUCUUGCUUAUGGAAAAGGUGAACAGAUCCAAACAGAAUGCGAGAUCUGCACUUGCACAAAAGGCAAAUGGAAAUGCGUUCAGAAAUCAAAGUGUUCCUCAACGUGUAAUCUGUAUGGAGAAGGCCACAUCACCACUUUUGAUGGACAGCGUUUUGUGUUUGAUGGCAGCUGUGAAUACAUAUUAGCUAUGGAUGGCUGCAGUGUUAAUAGACCUGUUUCCUCUUUCAAAAUUGUUACUGAGAAUGUUGUCUGUGGGAAAUCAGGGGUUACAUGCUCCAGAUCCAUCAGUAUUUACCUCGGGAAUUUAACAUUCAUACUACGAGAUGAAACCUUCACUAUUUCUGGGGAGAAUCCUGGAGUACAGUAUAAUGUGAAAAAGAACGCCCUUUACCUGAUGUUUGAUAUCAUUAUCCCAGGAAAAUACAACAUGACCCUUAUCUGGAAUAAGCACAUGAACUUCUUCAUCAAGAUCUCCAGAGAAACGCAGGAAACCGUAUGCGGUUUGUGUGGGAACUAUAAUGGCAAUAUGAAGGAUGAUUUUGAAACUCGAAGCAAGUAUGUGGCAUCAAAUGAAUUGGAAUUUGUCAAUUCUUGGAAAGAGAAUCCUCUCUGUGCAGAUGUAUACUUUGUAGUGGACCCCUGUAGCAAGAACCCUUAUCGUAAAGCAUGGGCAGAAAAGACAUGUUCCAUCAUCAACAGCCAAGCCUUUUCUGCCUGUCACAACAAGGUGAAUCGUAUGCCAUAUUAUGAGGCCUGUGUUCGAGACUCUUGUGGUUGUGACAUUGGAGGGGACUGUGAAUGCAUGUGUGAUGCCAUUGCAGUAUAUGCCAUGGCAUGCUUAGAUAAAGGUAUCUGCAUUGACUGGAGGACCCCUGAGUUCUGUCCUGUCUAUUGUGAGUAUUAUAAUUCUCAUAAAAGGACAGGAAAUGGUGAUGCUUAUUCCUAUGGCUACAACAAUGACAACUGCACUUGGCAUUACAGGCCUUGUAAUUGUCCAAAUCAAAACUACAAAUAUGUCAACAUUGAAGGCUGUUACAACUGCUCUCGAGAUGAAUACUUUGACCAUGAGAAGAAAAGAUGCAUGCCAUGUGGAGAUGAAAGCACUAGUACAACUACUGAAACAUCUUCACCUUCAACAGUAACAACAGUGCAGCCUAAAGUAAUGAGCAUCUCUACCACAAGUACCCUACCAAGAGUACCUAGUAUUUCUUCUUCUGCAGCUACUAUAUCAACCGCGACUACAAAUCCAACAAUAACAUCAAAAAUCACAGUUCCAAGAACUCCAUCAGCAUCACCUCUUGUCACAAUAAAGUCAACAACUGAGAGUGAGGGAACCCAAGCAACCACUCUGCACCACCGAGUCCCAGUAGUUGUCACCCACAGAAGACCAACAAAGACACACCUCGUGCAGCCUCUCAUCACACAGAAGACCACCACUCCUACAUCUGCCAGCAGCACCUCUGUCACAAAAGAGGCCAGCCCUGCCAGCAGCCCAGAAGUCCCACUGACACAGAUGUCUCCAAGCCCCAGCUCUUUACCUGUCACGUCAGCCUCAUCUGCUUUUUUCCCCUCCUCAGCUGUGUCUUCAACACAUUUGAGACCAUCACGUCCUGCAAGGGAGCCAACCAGAGCUAAGACUCCAACUAGUAAAGUAGUAACAGCCUUCACCCACAAACAGACUGCAGUUCCAUACAUUUUGACACCUCCGACCACGCAGAAGACCACCGCCACCACCUCCGCCAGCACCACCUCCAAGACCUCUGUCUCCACAGGGGCCAGCCCCGCUAGCAGCACACAAGUCCCUCUGGCGUGGACCUCUCUGAGUCCCAGCAGCCCGCUCAGCACCCGCCUGCCACCUCCCGCCACUUCCACGGUCUCCUCCACAUCGGCCCCAACCACCAGCCCAAAGCCUACGCCUACGACCCUAAGGCCCAAGCCUUCUUCCCCGAGGACCCGGGCUCCAGAAGAGCUGUCCACACCAGAGUCCUCCGCACCCUCCACAGCCAAGACCAGCCCGCUGCCCUCGCCUGCAUCUUCGCCCGCCUCAACUGUGUCCUCAACGCGGCUGAGCUCCUCACACCCCCCCUUCACCCACAAACAGACUGCAGUUCCAUACAUUUUGACACCUCCGACCACGCAGAAGACCACCGCCACCACCUCCGCCAGCACCACCUCCAAGACCUCUGUCUCCACAGGGGCCAGCCCCGCUAGCAGCACACAAGUCCCUCUGGCGUGGACCUCUCUGAGUCCCAGCAGCCCGCUCAGCACCCGCCUGCCACCUCCCGCCACUUCCACGGUCUCCUCCACAUCGGCCCCAACCACCAGCCCAAAGCCUACACCUACGACCCUAAGGCCCAAGCCUUCUUCCCCGAGGACCCGGGCUCCAGAAGAGCUGUCCACACCAGAGUCCUCCGCACCCUCCACAGCCAAGACCAGCCCGCUGCCCUCGCCUGCAUCUUCGCCCGCCUCAACUGUGUCCUCAACGCGGCUGAGCUCCUCACACCCCCCCUUCACCCACAAACAGACUGCAGUUCCAUACAUUUUGACACCUCCGACCACGCAGAAGACCACCGCCACCACCUCCGCCAGCACCACCUCCAAGACCUCUGUCUCCACAGGGGCCAGCCCCGCUAGCAGCACACAAGUCCCUCUGGCGUGGACCUCUCUGAGUCCCAGCAGCCCGCUCAGCACCCGCCUGCCACCUCCCGCCACUUCCACGGUCUCCUCCACAUCGGCCCCAACCACCAGCCCAAAGCCUACGCCUACGACCCUAAGGCCCAAGCCUUCUUCCCCGAGGACCCGGGCUCCAGAAGAGCUGUCCACACCAGAGUCCUCCGCACCCUCCACAGCCAAGACCAGCCCGCUGCCCUCGCCUGCAUCUUCGCCCGCCUCAACUGUGUCCUCAACGCGGCUGAGCUCCUCACACCCCCCCUUCACCCACAAACAGACUGCAGUUCCAUACAUUUUGACACCUCCGACCACGCAGAAGACCACCGCCACCACCUCCGCCAGCACCACCUCCAAGACCUCUGUCUCCACAGGGGCCAGCCCCGCUAGCAGCACACAAGUCCCUCUGGCGUGGACCUCUCUGAGUCCCAGCAGCCCGCUCAGCACCCGCCUGCCACCUCCCGCCACUUCCACGGUCUCCUCCACAUCGGCCCCAACCACCAGCCCAAAGCCUACGCCUACGACCCUAAGGCCCAAGCCUUCUUCCCCGAGGACCCGGGCUCCAGAAGAGCUGUCCACACCAGAGUCCUCCGCACCCUCCACAGCCAAGACCAGCCCGCUGCCCUCGCCUGCAUCUUCGCCCGCCUCAACUGUGUCCUCAACGCGGCUGAGCUCCUCACACCCCCCCUUCACCCACAAACAGACUGCAGUUCCACACAUUUUGACACCUCCGACCACGCAGAAGACCACCGCCACCACCUCCGCCAGCACCACCUCCAAGACCUCUGUCUCCACAGGGGCCAGCCCCGCUAGCAGCACACAAGUCCCUCUGGCGUGGACCUCUCUGAGUCCCAGCAGCCCGCUCAGCACCCGCCUGCCACCUCCCGCCACUUCCACGGUCUCCUCCACAUCGGCCCCAACCACCAGCCCAAAGCCUACGCCUACGACCCUAAGGCCCAAGCCUUCUUCCCCGAGGACCCGGGCUCCAGAAGAGCUGUCCACACCAGAGUCCUCCGCACCCUCCACAGCCAAGACCAGCCCGCUGCCCUCGCCUGCAUCUUCGCCCGCCUCAACUGUGUCCUCAACGCGGCUGAGCUCCUCACACCCGGCAGCCUUCACCCACAAACAGACUGCAGUUCCACACAUUUUGACACCUCCGACCACGCAGAAGACCACCGCCACCACCUCCGCCAGCACCACCUCCAAGACCUCUGUCUCCACAGGGGCCAGCCCCGCUAGCAGCACACAAGUCCCUCUGGCGUGGACCUCUCUGAGUCCCAGCAGCCCACCUCUUCCCAGCAGCCCGCUCAGCACCCGCCUGCCACCUCCCGCCACUUCCAUGGUCUCCUCCACAUCGGCCCCAACCACCGGCCCAAAGCCUACGCCUACAAACCUCAGUGCUUCCACAUUUAGGACUGCUGAAAUUACUACAUAUUUUUCCAUGCAAAACACUACAUUAACUCCGCUUGGGAAAACAUCUUCCUUAGUAGUUCCUACGAGUAUCUAUGCAAGGUCUACACCAGUUUUCACCCCAACUGUUUUAUCCACAACACUGACUUUUGCUCCCAGUGUUACUACUACUGCUUCUACACAGUCAGCUGGCAGGACCCCUUUGCAAACAACAACAUUGUCCACUACCCACACUACAUUCAUUCCUUCUUUCAGCUCUAGACUUUCAACCUCCUUGCCUCAAUUUGUACCGUCUUCAGCACCACCAGAGCAUUGUAGAGAACUCAAAUAUGAAGAGAAAAUCACUUACAAAGGCUGUUCUACAAAUGUCACCUUAAGCCGAUGUGAAGGAGCGUGCCCAUCUUCAACAACGUGGAGUGUUGAGAAAAUGACAGUCACCACAGCAUGCAGCUGCUGUGUGCCACUUAAGCUUCUUAAGAAGGAAUUACAACUGCCAUGCCAAGACCCCGAUAACCCUGGAAAAAGGCUCAUUACAGAAAUAGUUGUAUUUGGUGGCUGCGUUUGUAAUUUUGACAGUUGCAUACACUAG